AUGCGAGAGUUCCAUCUUUCAAUAUUCUUACUUUUUGUAUUACCAUUCGCUAGUUUUUCUAAGAAAGCUUAUUAUUUAGAGGAAGGUCCGGAGCAUACUUAUGCUACGAACAUAGAACAAACUCCUGAGUUAAACAACCAAGUUUUGGAACUACUAGAUCUUAAAGCUCCUACUGUUGCUCCUGUUAGAGAGAAGAGGCAUGAUCGUGUUUCUACGUAUAUGGAAAAGUUGUAUAAGCAACUGGAGCUUGAAGACAAGAUUUUGAACGAGGAGGCUGAAAGUAAAGAUUCAUCUUCUAUAUGGAGUACAGCUGAUAAGAUUAUGACUUUAACCGCUGAAGAAGUCACAUCUUACGGAGAGAAUAUGUACAAAUUGAAAUAUGUUGCGGAUAAUUUCUUAUCGGAUAACAAGAAGCCAACUUUAAGUAAAGCUGAGCUUCAUCUAUUUCUCCGAGACACUGAGGAUGUUGUCAAUGUCAAACUAUAUUCUGAAAAAAAUGGUAAACUAAACUUGAUUCUUUCCAAGUCUGAGUCUUCUGCUAACGGAGAGUUCAUUCUGAAUGUUACCGACUUAGUUCAAAAGUGGCUCAAAGACUCUAUGCAAUCUACUAUUUAUGUUCAAUUGUCACAAGGAGAAUCCAUUAUUGAUUCUUUCAUAGUUGCUGCUUUCACCGAAGUUUCAGAAAGUAAGUCGACUAAAAAUCGUUCGAGACGUUCUGUCGACUCACCAAUACCGACGAAGCGAAGUGAAAAUGAAAAUGUUAAAGAAGAUGUAAGGGAGGAAAACGAGAACGAUGGGGGUUGUAAGCGCCAUGGAUUGUACGUUAACUUUGAAAAUCUAGGAUGGAAGAGUUGGGUGAUUGCUCCGGAAGGAUACUCAGCUUUUUACUGUGAUGGAGGAUGUUCUUACCCUCUUCAUAAUAAGAUGAAUGCAUCUAACCAUGCUAUAGUUCAGUACUUGGCACACAGUAUCAACCCUUCGAGAGCGGAAGAUACGAAAUGUGCACCAACUGUGCUAACGCCAUUGAAAAUAUUGUUUAUAGAUAACCAUAAAAAUGUAGUAAUGAAGAAAUAUAGAGAUAUGGUUGUUCAAGAAUGCGGUUGUCAUUAG